ACACAAUGGUUUCGCGGAACGUCGAGCGGCACGCGCUCAAUGCCCUGAUGGACAUCUACAAGGCCGGGCGGUCUUGGGACGGCUGGAACUCUGACGGCGUCACCCUCGCCAACUCUCUCAUCAACGACCUCCUCCAGCUUCGCAACUCCCAGGAACCCGCCGUCUGGCACCCCAGCACCACCCUGCUAUUCCCUGACCUCGCCUCUAAAUACACCACAGCAAUGCUCUCCAGCGCGCGCACCAAACUCAACCAGCUCAUGCACAAAAUCUCAAUGAUGCAGAAGCAGAUCGACAGAAUGCUAGCAGCUGCCGACGAACUAACCAAGCUCAUCCCACCUGCUGCGUCUGCGCAGUCUGCAGAGCCGCUUGCAUUCGGCUCACUGCAAAAAUUUUCAGACUGGGCGCACGUCAACGCCGUAGAGUUCCGCAGCACGCAUGCUGCCCAGCUGCUAUCCACCAUCGAGUGCUUGGAGCAAAACUCAGAGGCACCGCCAGAUGCCCUGGACAGCGACCGCCAGAUGACCAACCUCUCCAUAUGGCUACACGCACCGGGGCUCAAGGAAUCCCGACUUUCCGAUACCUGUCCCCUGACAGUGGCCGAUUUCGACGACAUGCUGAGAGCCGAGCUUGGAAUAGACGAGAUUUAAUUGUUGACUUCGCUAAUAACACUAAGCUUUGUCUCCUCUAACCCCUCGUCUUCCAUCUCCUGCAGCACCACCGUCUUGGUGUCAACAAACUUGGGUCUGUUCUUCAGAAUCUUGACCCCAAUGAUGUCUACGAGCUGGCGGAUGCGCUGGUGCUGCUCGUCUGUAUGCUUGCCGUUUGCGUCGACAAACUGCAGCAUGUCAUAGACGGUCUCGUACCCGGCACGUGUGCCCUGUGACCACCGGUUGAGCCUGCCCGCGCUGUGCCGGAACCCCAUGGUCUCUGAUAGCCCGUGGAACAGUUCUUCGAGCGGAUACUGGCUUGUUCCGCGCUCCAGGACUUUGAGCAGGUCCGUGAUCAUCUUGUCUUCGACAGAAGUCAGGCUGAACACGACUGAAGCAAGUGGAGCGAAGGCUAGGAUGCUAAAUGCACGCAUGGUUGAUGAAUUAAAUACAGAUGGUAGGAUG